CACUGCCCCACAUGAUGUUACGAUGUGGAAUACCGAAAACCAAAAAUCACAAAACCAUGACAAGGCGGUACUCUCUGUAGUGGAUUUCAUAGUGUCUUUUGUGUUGUUGAAUUGAUUUCAGUUAAAUCCAAAGUCUUUUGCAUAAUUCAAGGCAGCUGAAUGCGUAGAAUUAUAACUCCUCUUUUCUUCUUCCUCAGAAACUUGUGGAUUUUUGUCUCCAAGUUUACAGAAUUUGACGCCAGAAAGCUGCACAAACUCUACAAACAUGCAAUCAAAAAGCGCCAAGAGUCUCAGCAGCACAAUGACCAAAACAUUAGCAGCAAUGUGAAUACACAUGUAAUCAGAAAUCCAGAUGUGGAAAGACUGAAGGAGACUACAAACCACGAUGACAGUAGCAGGGAUAGUUAUUCUUCAGAUAGACAUUUAUCACAGUACCAUGAUCAUCACAAAGACAGGCAUCAGGGAGAUGCUUAUAAGAAAAGUGACUCUAGGAAAAGGCCAUAUUCAGCCUUCAGUAAUGGAAAAGAUCACAGAGACUGGGAUCACUACAAACAGGACAGCAGAUACUACAGUGAUAGUAAACAUAGGAAGUUAGAUGACCAUAGGAGCAGAGACCACAGAUCAAACCUGGAAGGAAACUUAAAAGACAGCCGGGGUCAUUCAGAUCACCGCUCCCAUUCAGACCACAGGAUACACUCAGAUCACCGUUCCACUUCAGAAUACAGUCAUCAUAAAUCUUCAAGAGAUUACAGAUACCACUCAGACUGGCAAAUGGACCACAGAGCUUCUGGCAGUGGCCCGAGGUCACCACUAGAUCAGAGGUCUCCUUAUGGUUCAAGGUCUCCCCUAGGACACAGAUCUCCAUUUGAACACUCGUCGGAUCACAAAAGUACACCUGAACAUACAUGGAGUAGCCGGAAGACAUAACAAAGACUGACAUUUUCUGGACCU